GGACGAAACAAAACGACACCGCCCGCCCGUCCGUCAGUAUACUUUCAGUCUCCACUAUAGCAACUUCUCAGACAAUAUUCUAUUUUCAAAUUGAACGAAAUUCUUUCUGGAAUUUACCAUUUGUGUUGUGAAACCUUGAAGUUAACCAGAAAAUCUACAGUCCAAAAUGUCUGAAAACAAUACUCUCCAAGCUGGCCAGCUGCUGGUUAAGAAGACUAUGGAUGAGAUGAUCCAAACCAGAGAAGUUAAGCAAAACAUAUCAAUUCAGGCUAGACAAGAGUUCCGCGAACAGUACCAAGAGAGUUACGAAGAGGAAAUGGAGGAAGAAACCUUUAUUGAUGAACACGGAAAUGAAACCACAAAGAGACUUGAAACUAGCAGUGAAAGCAAAGAACAUUCUAGAAGCGCGGAUGUUAGGGUCAAGGCCAGUGGAUUGAACGCCGAACAGAUGAAAGCCCUUACAGACUGCGCGAACCAGGCGGGCCAGCUGGCGCUCGAUUCAAAGCCUGCCAACUAAUUGUAAAAUGUGUCGUUUGAAAGUGCGCGAGGUGGUCUCGAAAAGUGAUAAAGACUGUGUCCAGUGUUCCUUAUUGUUUAUGUUAUAUUUAAGUUUAAAUUUGUAAUACACGAAAUAAAUAUAUUGAAAUGAAAGAUGAUCUAUUAAAGUAUUUUGUGCUUGUG